GACGUUUACAGGAAGUAGAAGUUGACAACAUCCGGUCGCGAGCGCAUCUUGAGCAUAGAUUGAGAGUAACAGCAAGGUGUAGGAUGAUGGUGAUGAUGAUUUCAACUGAUGUGAGAUGAGGACUGUCAGACGCUCGCUGUAACGCACGCUCGCUCAUCAUGUGUCGCGUGUGAGGGGCGUCAGCAGGGAAGCGUCCUCUUAUGGCGGCUCUGGCGCAUCUGGUGCUGCGUGUGUCGGGCUCGUACGGGCUGUUCUCUAAAGGGCUCAGUCGGACUCUGCUCAUCUUCUUCGAUCUCGCCUGGAGACUCAGACUCAGAUUCCCUUACCUCUAUGUCAUCGCCUCCAUGAUGUUCAACGUGCGACUACAGGUUCACAUUGAGAUCCACUGAACAGUUUCUGGACUGGACUCCACCAUCACCAGCACACACACCAUCAGCUGUGACUGGGAGACGCACACACCAACACCCGAGCGAGUUCGCAGACGCACAUCGGCUUCAUCGCAGGAACAUAUGAUGAUGCGUUUCUCGCGGUUUCGUGUCACUUCCUGUGUUUUAUGCAGAUGAAUACCUCAUUCUCAGCCGAGAUUUACCCAUGAUGCCCAAAAUGACACAAUAGAGGCGUCGCCGAGCUGCACGCGGAGAGACAGAGUGCAUGAUCAUCUACAAUGUGGCUUUUUCGCACAUUCAUUUUUUUGAAUUUUUAUUAAUAAAUUGGUUUUGUUUGUUCUGUUGGCAUGACAACUGGAAGUGGGACGGACCGCAUCGUACACCCCCAUCACUGUUACACAAAACUACAGGGAUUUGUACAUAUAGAUGGCUUUAUUUCCUUGUGUUUUUGUUUUAUUAUUAUUAUUAUUAAAUAUGUGCAUUAUUUUGGGAGGAUUGUGAAUGUACUAUGAUUUAAAAUUGACAAUAAAUUAUGAAGAAAUA